CCUAAACGGAGGAGAAGACGACAAUGGCGUUUGGAACCCAUUGUCAGUGGAAAGGAAAGCAAGGUGGAAGUGAGAAAUCGACUUGCUCUUGUCUACCACGGAUCACAUUGUUGAAUUUGUUGCUUCCCAACAGAAAAACAAAGAUGCUCGAGCUUCACAGAACUUCUUAUAAUUUGAUGCCACAGAUAAUGGUUACGCAGCAAAGAAUAGAUCUUCUUAUGAACAUUCCUGCCCUUAAGAAGCUUCACGCAAUGCUUAUUGAUUGCCUAGAUAACUUCAAGGAUCAGAACGAGUUCUGUUAUGUAUCAAGAGAUGCUUCAGACUCAGAAAAAGGGAAUGCCAAAAGAAAAGUACCAGAAAGAUUGUGUGAACCAAUGCUAAAGGCAGCCAUGGCAAUAAACGCUCAAGUUCUUGCUGAAAUGGAGAUCUCAGAAAACUAUAUCAAAUCCCUCCCCAAGGCAUCCAUAGUCAUAUGGAAGAGGAAGAUGAAUCACAAGGAUGGAAAAUCUGGUUGGGGAUCAGUUAUUAGCAUGGAGAAGAGAAAACUAUUUGAACAGAGAGCAGAGACAAUCUUGCUUAUAAUCAAACAACGAUUUCCUGGAGUUCCUCAAUCUGCGUUAGAUAUUAGCAAAAUCCAAUUCAACGGGGAUGUAGGGCAGGCUGUUCUAGAGAGCUAUUCAAGAAUACUGGAAAGCUUGGCCUAUACAGUACUGUCACGAAUUGUAGAUGUUCUCUAUGCUGAUUUUGUUGCACAAAAUCCAUCACAGGCAUCAUGUACAAGGAAUCCUCUAAAAGAUGGCACGCCGAUUAUGGUGCUUCUAUCCACUGAGGGAGAGAGUGCGACAGACAAUUCAAUGACACUCUCGGAUUUACCUAUUUGGAGUUUGGAUCAGGGUGAGAAUGAGAAGAAGGAAUCAACAGAGGAGGUCACCAAAGAAGAUGAAGGAAAGCAUUUGCACAAACUCAACAUAAGCCACAACAAGAAGUCUUACUACCUCGAUAGCUUGAGUGGAUCAAGACGCCCGACAUUGCGCCAUUGAUGGAAAACAAUGGGAGAGAAGAUUGUGAAAGCAAUGAGUGAGGGACAACGGAAGAAAAUGAAAGAAUAAGAAAGUACUAAGAGAUAGAAAGUCUGACCUUUCAAAUGUAAGUUCUAAGACCCAGAUGAGAUUCAUUCUGAGUUUGGUUUACUUGCUCACAUUAUUUUGCUUGCUUUUGUGACUAGGGAAGAAACCGAAGAAACAUUUCAGAUAUUC